AUGUAUGUUAAAGAUACUUCUGCAUCAACUUUGAAAAAAGAGAUAUGUGCUGUUCUUUUUCGUUACAACCUCCAAAUCGAAAAUAUUCGAGACCAAGGAUAUGAUGGAGCUAGUAAUAUGCGUGGUGAAUGGAAUGGGUUACAAGCUUUAUUUGCUAGGGAUUGUCCCUAUGCAUAUUAUGUGCAUUGCAUUGCUCAUAAACUACAAUUAGCUUUAGUUGCAGCAUCUAGAGAAGCCAAUCACAUUCAUCAAUUCUUUAUCCAGUUGGCUUUAAUUAUUAAUAUUGUUGGGGGUUCUUCUAAACAUCAUGAUGACUUGCAAUCUAUUCAUGCUGUUGAAAUUAAAAAUUUGGUUGCUUAUAAUGUAAUUGAGACUAGAAGGGGGGUAAACCAAAUUGACACUUUACAACGACCUGAAGAUACUCGAUGGUCAUCUCAUAAUCAAUCUUUUUGUAGCAUGAUAAGAAUGUUUGGUGCAACUUGUUCAGUUAUCAACAAGAUCUCAAAUGAGGGAGCUAAUUAUUCUCAACGUGGUGAUGCUGAAGCGGCUUACAUGAUAUUAACAUCAUUUAAAUUUAUUUUGAUAUUGCAUUUGAUGAAAGAAAUUAUGGGACUCACGAAUAUGCUUUGCCAAACUUUGCAACAAAAGUUACUAGACAUUUUAAAUGCCAUGAGUCAAGUUUCAACUACACAAUCACUCAUUCAAAAGAUGAGAGAUGAUGGAUCUCGUCGUCAAGAUGAAGGGUCUCCGACAACAGUGGAGCAUCAUUUUAGAGUUGAUAUAUUUACUGUUGCAAUAGACUUUGAGUUACAAGAAUUGAAAAAUAGAUUUAGUGAGCAAGCUGUGGAACUCCUCAUUCUUUGUGUUGCUUUAAGCCAUAAAGAUACAUACAAAUCAUUUAAGAUUGAUGAUAUAUGCAAGUUGGCUGAGAAGUUUUAUCCUCGAGAUUUCACCGAGCAAGAAAAAAUUUGUUUGAAAUUUCAGUUGCAGCAUUAUAAGCUUGAUGUGCCAAAGCAUCAAGAUUUUCAAACUAUGUCUACAUUAUUUGAGUUAUACAGAGGAUUGGUAGUUUCAGAAAAGUCAAAGAUCUAUCCUUUGAUUGACAGAUUGAUUCGCCUAGUGUUGACUCUCCCUGUUUCUAUUGCGACUACAGAACGAGCUUUUUCUGCCAUGAAACUUAUAAAGACUAGAUUGCGUACUAGAAUGGAGGAUGAGUUUUUUGCAGACCAUUUAGUAGUUUAUAUUGAGAAAGGAAUUGCUAAGAAUUUCACUUCAGAGAUGAUAAUGGAUGAAUUUUAUUCCAUUAGCAAUCGUCGUCGAGCAUAA